AUGCCCGGCGAGGAAACCAUCUUAGAGGGGCCUGUGACCCCCGCCCCAGUAUUCGCCUAUCGUGCGAUACGAAGCAUCUUCUUCGCCUCGCCCGAAUCUUCGCCCGAGCACGGCGACAAGGAGAACCUCGUGCCUGUAUAUCCCUCGUCACCGAAGCGGAAAUACGUGGCGGAGGACUCGCCCGUACCGUCACCGUCACAAAAGCGCCAGAGAGACACCAAUGCCCAUGGUGGCCGGAACAUCCUCUCUCCUACAAAAGGUAUACUCCGCACGCCGGGCCUGGCGACACCUCGAGCAAAGUAUUUGAAAGACAUCAAUGUCAAAUUCAAGAGCGUCAGCCCUGAGGCUCCGAAGCUGCCCAUCCUGCCCGUUUCUCCUCGACAGCCCAGAUCCAAAGCGCAAGAUGCACCAGCGGCCCUUGGCCAUUUAAAACCCAUCCACAACCUAAUACCACCUACGAAGACAAAGCCGACAUCCGUGCUGCAGGACGCAGUGCAGGACGAGCAAUUACUGGUCAAAAGCAACCCUGCGGCCGCGUCUGCACCUUCCACUUCACCAUGCCUCCUCUCUCGAGCAGCCAUCGAGGCAUACAUCGCGCAGACCGAGAAGGAGAUGAAGAAGCUAGUCCGCUACGGACAGAAAAUGCGCGAGUAUGCGCGCAAGAAGGACGCGGAAAACCAGGAGCUGAAGGGCAUGAUUGACCAGCUGCGACGGGAGAAUGAGAGAUUGAGAAGAGAGACGGACAGUGCUGCGGAAUGCCACCGCGGCGGCAGCGAUCUUGAGCAAGUGGACAGACACCUGACGGAUGAGAAGGGAGAGAAGAGGUGGCUCAGUGCUGGAACGUUGGGCACGAAUGCGUCGCCGGCCCUAAGGGACAAACCUCGAGCCUACGUUCGGGAGGAAGUCGAUAGGGUCGAAACAACAGUGCGAAGCCAGACGGUGAAAGAGUCCAAGGGCCAGAGGCACACGAGCUUAUCAGGUGCUGAAACAGCAGAACGAAGCGCCGGCAUAUACGACCCUGCAAGACCUCCAAGCGACCAUCUACCCUCGAUCAAGCGAUCAAUCUCAACAUCCACGUCGCAGCGAAUAGCCUCAACUUCGACCUCAAUUGCAACGACACGGCUCGCCGACAUUCCCGGCAACCUGCCUCAGUCCACAGAAGUAAUUCCAGCAGCAGCAUCAUCAUCAACAUCAUCAACAACAACAGCCAUCCGCUCCGCCUCAGCCAGCACCAUCGCCGCUAGACCCGGCAAAACCAGCCUGCCACCCGACCGCGUCGCCGCGGCUCGCGACAGACUCCGCCGACGUUAUGAAGCGAGAAAAGCGAGUGUUCCGGUCGACGUCGGCUCGACGCUGAACGAGCAAGGGGAGGAGAAAGGGGAAGGAUAUGUUGAGGACGACCGGCAUUUACUUGGCAUGGGGAUGGGAACGAAGAGGGAGAGGGCGCAAGAGCUCGCACAGCAGUCUGAGGAACCGAGCGAGGUUGACUGGGUUAAUCUCUGA